UUUUUUUUUCACACAGAUCUGCCGAUCGAUAACCAAAGGACGAUAGCAAAAUCGCGAAUCGAAGGAGAGAUGCAAUCAAAGAUCAGCGCAUUCUUCAAACCUUCUUCACUCGAGGAAUCUUCAUCAAAGCUUUCCCCCAAUUCAUUUUUUGAUGUUUCUGAAGAAUUACAAGAAUACCCAGAAAUCACUGUCACCUACAAACGACGCACGAAAUCUAUCAAACAAGGUGAGAUUAACAGCGAAUCAAAUGGCGGGGAAAGUGAUUACGAGGAAAAAUUAACCAAACCGGAGCAAGCCAAGAGUAGCAAAGUUCUGAAUAAAAAGAGAAAUUAUGCUCAGUUACAUUUGGAGGUUGGUCAAUCUAAUUUCUUAUUGCACACAUGUAAAACAUGUGGAUUUAAGUAUGCUACCGGCGACGAAGGCGAUGAAAAGGUUCACAAAACAUUUCACAAGAAUUACACUCACGGGAUUCCACUUAAGGGUUGGCGCAGCGAGAGGAUUGUAGAUACACUUGAAAAGGGGCGCGUUAUUUUGGUGCAGGAAGGUGAUCCUCUUGCUCAGCAUAAUAAGGUUCAAGAAGUUGUGGACAUGAUGGAAAUGGAGCUCGGGAAUGGGUGGAUUCUUCACAAGCAAUGUAAGGUAUAUCUAUUUAUUUCGUCACAAAGGGUAUCCGGAUGUAUUGUUGCAGAACCGAUAAAAAAGGCUUACAGAAUUCUAUCGAGCUCAAUGGGAGAAACACGUAAUGUUUCUGGAAAGGAAAAACGUAGGACUCUUCAAUUUGGUGGUGUUAGUCUCGAAAGAGAAAUCAUUAGAAGAGAUAUUGUAAAAAGUCCCGAAGAAGAAAGCCACGAUGGAGUUAUUUUGUGCAAGGACGAAGCUUUGCCAGCUGUAUGUGGAAUUAGAGCCGUUUGGGUCACUCCUUCUAACAGGAGAAAACAUAUAGCAAGCAGUUUACUUGAUUCCGUACGGAAGAAUUUUUGCACAGGCUCGGUUCUUGAUCGUGCAGAGUUGGCAUUUUCUCAGCCCACGUCACUUGGAAAAGCUCUGAUUUGCAGUUAUACAGGAGUAAGUUCUUUCUUAGUUUAUACGACAACUGAUACAGAAUAGAGUUCAUUGCAAAUGAUAGUUAGAUCAUAAAUCCUGCUUUCGCAAUUUUGUAAUUUUGGCGUAACGAUAAUGAGAUUGGUGGUUAAUUUAAAUGCUUUGUCUAAAUCACGAAACCGUUUGUUUUUAAGACCGGUCGUUAUUCCACCGUACGAGUCUUGCUAAUCCGAUUGAGUUCAUAAUAUUAUUAGAGUUCA